GGGGCGCUGGACGAGGCCACCGAGGUGGCAGACUGGUUCGCCCUGAGGUCGCUGCACAAGACCCUGGACAUAGGCAGCGAGCCCACUGCCCCCUCUGCCUCGGCCGCUUCCGCGGCGGCGGCCGCCAGGGUCGCCGCCGCGCGGCCCAGGGGCCCCGAUGCCGAGGAGGUCGAGCAGGCCUCCGCCCUCCUGCGGCUGGUGCUGCCGGAGACGCUCCCCCGGGUGCUGUCGCUGUUGGACGCCUACGGACCGCCUCUCCGCCUCCUGCCAGGCGCUGCGCGGCCCCGCCCACAGCUGCACGGCCUGGCUCGCGCUGGCGCGGCGGUGCCUGCCGCGGGAGGACCUGGAGGGGGCGCUGGCGGCGACCGACGCGCCCUGGCGGGCCGCGGCGCCCACGGGCCCUGGCGGCGCGCGGUGCUGCUGGCCCCGCGCCUCCGGGCCGACGGGGUCUACAUCUUCGGGGCUCCAGGCCGCCGGUGGCUUGACCGGCCCCUCCUCCGACGAUCGCCGACGCGCGCGAGUCGCUGUACAUUCGGUACUUCAGGCUGCUGCGGGUGCUCCCCGAGGAGGACCUGCAGCGCCCGCGGCGGCGGGUCCUCGUCCUCACCUACGAGGGGGACCUGA